AUGAAAGUUCUAAAAAAAGCAUCCAUAGUCCGUAACCAGAAAGAUACAGCCCACACUAAAGCAGAAAGAAAUAUUCUGGAAGCUGUUAAGCAUCCUUUUAUAGUUGAAUUAGUAUAUGCUUUCCAAACAGGCGGUAAACUUUAUUUAAUUUUAGAAUAUUUAAGUGGUGGAGAACUUUUUAUGCACUUGGAAAGAGAAGGUAUUUUUCUUGAGGAUACAGCAUGCUUUUAUUUAUCAGAAAUAAUUUUGGCCCUGGAACAUUUACAUAGUUUAGGCAUUAUUUACCGUGACCUUAAACCAGAGAAUGUCCUUUUGGAUGCUCAGGGUCAUGUAAAACUUACUGAUUUUGGGCUAUGCAAAGAACAUAUUCAAGAGGGUAUUGUAACACAUACAUUUUGUGGAACAAUAGAAUACAUGGCCCCAGAAAUUUUAACCAGAAGUGGCCAUGGAAAAGCUGUAGAUUGGUGGAGUUUGGGGGCCUUAAUGUAUGAUAUGCUGAUUGGACAGCCUCCUUUUACUGGUGAUAACCGCACUAAGACAAUAGAGAAAAUACUUAAAGGAAAACUCAUGUUACCUGCAUACCUCACACAAGAUGCACGCGAUUUGAUAAGACGCCUUAUGAAGCGUUCGGAGACUCAACGAUUAGGAGCAUCCGGGGCUGCUGCAGUACGCGGGCACGCAUUCUUCAAACACGUGCAUUGGGAUGAUGUAUUUAAUAGAAGAUUGGAACCUCCAAUGAAACCGAUACUAACGAGUGAAGACGAUGUUUCACAAUUCGACACAAGAUUUACAUUACAAACACCCAUAGAUUCACCAGACGAAUCGACGCUUAGUGAAAGUGCAAAUCUUAUGUUCCAAGGAUUCACAUACGUGGCGCCUUCAGUCAUGGAUGAGAUUCACAAGCCGCGGGUCUACCCAUAUAGCCUAGAA